GCACCGUCACACUCCGCGCUUCGCCUUGGUGCCUUGGUCGAACUCGACUAAGCCAACCCCCCGAAAGUGCCGUCAUUGAAACCUGGAGACAUUUUGCGGCAUUGAGCGGAUCGCAUUUCAGCCCAAGUGGGCGGCUCCCAUAAACUCUUCUGGAGCACUGGAGCACCUCCACUCCCACGAUAAUAAUAGGCCCCCCUUCCCAACCUUUUCCUCCACUUUCCAACUUUUGGUUCUCAGCCUCAGCUAAAUAUCAAUGUGAACCUCCACCCUCGACUCGACCUUUAACAACUCCAAAGUCAAGUCAAGCCAAGCCAAAGGAUCAACAACCAACACCGAAGAUCAAGCAUCAAGAUCAACAUCGACAUCAACACCCACCUUAGUCAUCAUGAUGGCCUCACUCACACUCACACCCGACUCUCGCAUGCAGCGAAGAGAUUCAUCAGACCGAAGCGCCAGCAAGAGAAGACCAAGACUGCUCCGCGCCACUGCUACCGAACCCUCCAUCACCACCUCCAAUGCCAGCCGAAAUGCCCUCUGCAGCCAGUCAAACCGAGCGACCGACCUCCUGACCCGUGCCUUCGUUUCUGGCUCUCCUCCGGGAUCUUCUUCACCAAUCUCUGUCCGGCCAUCCAUGUUCGACAGUGUCGACCGUCAGCAACAGCUAUCCGUCUCGCCUGUCAGUCAGCCCGACUCGUAUGAUGAGCGUCCUUUCUCGGGACGGUACUUCAGCUUCCCCAGCUUCGAUGACUAUGAGGGUAGCCAGCAAGACGACAAGGAGUCCGAGAUCAAGUCCCCUUGA